GAGUCGCCCGUAUUUGGUUGCAGCUUCCGCAUCAUGGCGUGCAUGUCGCGCGUGUGGCAGCGGGGCUCCGGGCUUGCCGCGCGGCUCCGACAGCAGCACUGUGCGUGCAGUUUGGCGGGUUUUUCAGUAAGACACUACAGCACCAAGACGGCUCCUCACAUACCCGGCAUGGAGUACCAGGAUGCCAUUUGCACUCUGAACACACUACAGACUAAUGCCAGCGCUCUGGAUCAGGUACGCCAAGAGCGGAGCCACCCUCAGCUGCAGCUCCAGGCCAUGAGAGGCUUCCUGGAACGAGCCGGACUCACAGUGGAAGAACUAGAUCAUCUCAAUAUCAUUCAUGUGACCGGGACAAAGGGCAAGGGGUCAACAUGUGCGUUCACAGAGCAGAUUCUGAGAAGUUAUGGCUUCCGCACAGGAUUUUACAGUUCCCCACAUUUGGUACAAGUCAGGGAGAGGAUUCGAAUCAACGGACAACCAAUUGGGAAAGAGCUCUUCACUAAAUACUUCUGGCAGGUUUAUGGACGGCUGGAUGAAACUAAGGAAGCCCAUGGAGGGACAAUGCCAGCUUACUUCCGUUUCCUCACCAUCUUGGCCUUCCAUGUCUUUCUUCAGGAGAAGGUGGAUUUAGCUGUGAUUGAAGUUGGAAUUGGUGGAGCAUACGACUGUACUAACAUUAUACGGAGGCCAUGGGUGUGUGGCAUCUCCUCUCUUGGUAUAGACCACACUCAGAUUCUUGGAGACACCAUUGAAAAGAUCGCCUGGCAAAAAGGAGGCAUCUUUAAGACAGGGGUUCCUGCCUUCACAGUCAAACAGCCAGAAGAUGCAAUGGCUGUGCUGAAGGACCGGGCCAAAGAGAGGAGAUGUCCUCUGUGGGUGUGUCCAGAGCUGGAGAGCUACCAGGCAGACUGUGGACCUUUACAUCUGGGCCUGGCAGGGCAGCACCAGCGCUCCAAUGCCUCCCUGGCCCUCCAGCUGAGUCACAGUUGGCUGCAGAGAAGAUGUUUACCAGAUGAAAGCUUUCCUUCCACCAGUGUUAAGAGCACAGGUGUACUUCCAGCAACAUCCUUCAAGCCCAGCCCCAUCAUGGUGAAAGGGCUGGCAGACACAGAGUGGCCUGGUAGGAAUCAGACUCUGAAACACGGACCUGUCACCUACUUCCUGGAUGGAGCUCAUACCAUGCGCAGUAUGCAGGCCUGUGUACACUGGUUCAAAGAGACUGCUGCCCAGCAUGAAAGGAAAGCAAGUGGACCUGUGGCCAGAGUCUUGCUGUUCAAUGCCACUGGAGAGAGAGACUCAGCAGCCAUGCUUAAACUACUGGUGCCGUGUCAUUUUGACUUUGCUGUGUUCUGCCCAAACAUCACUGAAGCCAUCGCUUCUUGUAAUGCAGACCAGCAGAACUUCAACGUCUCAGUUGAGAACAUGUUGACUCGCUGCUUGGACAACGAGAGGAGCUGGCGUCUCCACAACAGCACGGGGGACAACGAAGGCACACAGCUGCUGAUCGAGGACAGUCUACCUCUGGUCCCUGAAAAGAAAGCAGACACCUUGGUCUUCCCCUGCAUCCUUAGCGCCCUCCAGUGGAUCACCCAGGGCAGGGAUUCAGUGCUGGCAGACCCAGCCGAGAGAGUCCUAGCAGUGAAACCCAGCAUCAUGGCCAAAGCUGCUCCCCUCUGCGAUGUAGCCGAGAUCCACGUCCUCAUCACCGGAAGCCUGCACCUGGUGGGAGGAGUACUCAAACACCUCGACCCAGCUUCCUCCAAGUAAAUGGAGUGUGAAUUUGUGAAUUCAAAAUGUUUCUAGGCAGGUGUUCUGCUUACAAACACGUUUUCCUUUGUGGGAGAAUUCUAAUUUCUGCCAGUAUAGAUGAGGUUUUUGUGCUACUAGCUUUUCAGGCAGUGGUAGUAGUUGUUUACCAGAGAGGGAUUAGCUGCACCCAGUACUGUCAGCUUCUCUACUGUGGCUGAUGCUAGGAGCCAGCUAGUUUGGACCAAGGCAGCGGCAGGCCUCACAUCGGCCCCAGCAUCACCCAGAGCCUUAUGGACGACCGCACAAAUGUGCCGAGCUCAUGCCUUUAGUCUUACUUGAAGCCAAAUGUGUUUACAUGAACUGCAGUGGUGUACAUUCAUGUACCAUAAUGUGAGCUGAACUAGCUAAACUGAUAUUAUGUGCGCUUCAGUAAUCACUGAUGCCGCCUGACAGUUAUUAUAUACUUUCUUAUUUCUACAAAAAGCUGUUGGCAACAAAAGUGCUACAUGGACUACAUGGACUUCUGUGUUUAUUUUGGUUUUUACUUGUGCAUUUGGAACACUUGAAUAUUACCUUUCACAGUCUUUUUUAAAAUGAAAGCCUCUUUCUAUGCUUUCUUCUUUUAUUUCGUCCAUAUUCAACAAUGUGCUUCACACACAUGGCCCACUCAUCUCUUUGUGUAAAUAUUCUAACACUAGUGUUAGCAACAGAUAAAUUCAUGGAACUGUUUGAACUGUCUGUGUAAUUUGAAUUGUAAUUAUAGUAAUAUUUAAAUGGUCCUUAAUUUAAACUGGCACUAUCUGGCUGUAAAUCAUACAGUUUGUAUUUAUGUCUGUAUAUUGGUGAAAGAAAAGGUAUAAAAUAUACUGCUGGGUCUUAUCUGUUUGGAGAGACAUCAUGGAAACAGGUCAUCAGCUCCACAGGUGGCUCAGACUCACCCUGUAGCCUCAAAUGACUUUUAGAUUUAAUAUCACUAUAAAAAAGUACGCUCUUUUUUUCAAUGUUCAUGUGGACCCAUAAUGACACAAAAUGCACCUAAUUUGUACCUGUCACUUGUAAGUAGCAAAGAUGAAAUCUGCUCACAUCUUAAAUAUGAGUCAAUUAAAAAUAUGAUAUGGAAAGAUA